GUGAGGCGGGAGGGAGGGAGGGAUCCUGUCUGAGGAGAAGGACGAAGUGGGAGCAGCCCAGGAGGCUGGGCAGGGGCGCGCAGGGCACCAGAGUGCUGGCAUCGUGUGGUGCCCACAGUCCCCACCCCCAGCUCUGGUGAGACAUGUCGGCUUCCCUCUGGGGGUGAGCGAGACGCCAUCCCAGGCCCUGGGUCAGGGCUAUAAAUAAACCACCAGCAGCCCGAGGCCCCAGGCCCUGCCCCCGCACCAGCUCUGAUCUCAGGCUCCCCUGCCUUCCUGUGGGGGGUACCCCCCCUAGAGCAGUGGGAUAGGACUGGGUGGGGAACAGACACAGCCCAGGGCGCCCAGUGCGCUCUGCAGACAGGAUGUCGACCCCAGGCUCUGCCAGACCUGGCCUGGAAUUUGGCCCAGCCCCUCCUUCAUAAAGCGUGGGACACGGGCUCUGGCAGGGCCCCAAGGGGCAGGCGGGACAACCCCUCUUUCCAGAAUGGAGUUCUGAGAUUCUGGCAUGGGAGAGGGGAACAGGGGCUCAGCUCAGGAUGUGGGCUGGUGGGGCCCGUCCUGUGGGCCUCUGUGGCCCAGGUCUGCCCUGGCUCGCCACUCACCACCCCCACCCUGCCUCCCAGGCCAGCCCCCCAGGAGCCGGCUUUCAGGCAUGAUGCACAGGGGACCCAGCUCCAGGCCCACCUCAGGCCCCAAAGCCCUUUCCGCAGUAUCUCCCUUCCCUCCUGACUCCUCACAAGACCCUGAGAAGGGUCAGGAUGGGCAAGGGUCUCCCCAUUUCACAGAAUAGCUGUGGGGCACGGCCAGGGUCAGGAAGGAGGUCACGGUCCUGGGGCUCUAUCCAGCACUCCCUGCACCCCCAGGCUGCCAGGCUUGAGCUGCAAACUUUGACUCGUGGCUUCUCUUUUGGGAGGAAAGGAUACUCCCCCAGCCACUGCCCAGCUCCACUCAGGAUGCACGGGCCACAGGGCUGCCCUUCCUGGACAUGGGAGUAUGUUCCAGAACGUUCUGCCACCCCAUGAACUUUUGAGAGGGCCAAGGAGCCUCUGAAAUAGCUGUUUUGCCACAAGCCCCAGAACCCAACUCCCCCUGGGGACGGCAACCCGAGAGCCCAGCAGGUCACAAGGCACUGCCUCGAGGGCCACAGGACAGCCUGGUCCCCACCUGCUGACCCCUCAGCGUGUGACCAGACCCCCACCCUCCUGGCUGGACUCCCGGCCUGCCUCGGACUCUCCGUGAACUGAGGACAGUGACACACACACGUCCAUGGGGCCUGUGGGCAGAUGCCUGGAAAGGCGGCAGUGGUCCUCCCUGCUCAGAGCAUCUGGGCAUUGCUCAGUGCAGAGCCAACUCGCUGCAGGUGGUGAACGGCCAGCCGGGAGGCCCAAGGCCUGCUGGUCUGGGGUCUGGGAGAGCAAGGCCCAGGCUGUGGGCCCGGAGUCAGGGUGGAAGGAGGUGGGGCUUCAGGUAACCAAGAAGGCUUCCCAGAGGAGGUGGCUAUGAGAUGGGCCUGGAAGGACAGAGGAAAGUUCCCUGGCGGCGUUGAAGGGUUAGAGGGCGGCCACCACCUCUUCUGAGCAGAGUGAAGGACCUCAAGCUCAUCACUUGCUGUCUGGGGGCUCAGCCUCUUCUGUGAGAUGGAAGUGGUACCCAAGGUGGCCAGCCGGCAAGAGGUGGGGUCUCGGGCGCAUCUUCCCACAGGGCCCUGGACACAGGAGUCUCUGCAAGGCCAGGCACCCCAAGGGCCUCUGCACCCUGGGGACCCUGCUCGGGAGGCAGGAGUUGGUGCCUUGCGGGGACUGUGUCUGUUAGAGUUAGGGGUAGAGGUAGGAUUAGGGGUAGGCAGAGUGCCCCCACCCUGCCUGUGUGCACCCACCGAGCUGGCUCCUGUCCACCGCAGUGCCAGGAUGGACGAGGACUUCUCCUCUCAGAUGAAGAAGAUGGCCUUGGCUAUGGGCACAUCCCUGUCGGACAAGGACAUAGAGAUGCUGCCCACAGACAUGAGGCAUCACGGCUCCUUCAACUACCUCAAGUUCCUGGAGUACAUGCAGAAGUUCCAGGCCUCAGGGCAGCUGGACAGCGCCAUCCGCCAGGCCUUCCAGACCCUGGACAAGGACAAGAGUGGUUUCAUCGAGUGGAAUGAGAUCAAGUACAUCCUAUCCACCAUUCCCAGCAGCGGGCCCACCGCCCCGCUGACAGACGAGGAGGCAGAGGCCAUGAUCCAGGCGGCCGACACGGAUGGGGACGGGAGGAUUGACUUCGAAGGUGGGUCAGCACAGACAGCGGGGCCAGAGGUCCCUCUCGGGUCUUCCCGGCCCCCCCCUCCGGGACCCCACAGCACCGUUAAGUGCCCAUGUGGGCACAGCACUGAGUAGGCUCCCUGACCCCAGGCAUGCAGUUCAUAGCCGUCUUUGCUGGGUAACCGUCCCCCUCCCCCAGAGAUGGGAAAGCAAGUGUUGGGGAUGCUGAGCGGGCAGCUGGCAGGGAGCCGCUGCGGGUUUCUGAGUGGGGGAGAGGUGGGUGGAGAUGGCCGUGGGGAGGCUCGGCUGGAUGGGAGCAGAGGUCCGAGGCUCCCUGGACAGAGAGAGUGGUCUGAGGUGGGGAGGGAGGUUUGAAGAAAGGAACCAGGCCUGAGGCCCUCCAUGGCUACCCUGGGGUCUAGAAAUCUGUCUCCUAUUCUAGAAUUUUCUGAAAUGAUCAAAAAGGAGAAAGUGCCAAAGAAGAAGUAGUGUACACCCAGCCCCGGGCCGGGGGAGAGUACCCCACGUGGCAUCGUGGACAUCUGCGUGGCCGACCAAGGAGGCCAUGGGGGUGGACACAGCACAUGCCAGGAAAAUGGAAGAACGGCAUCAUUAAAUGAACAAUGUAGCCCGAGUGUUUCUUGGGGGCAGUGUGUGAGUGGGGGUGGGGGUGGGGCCGGUGUGUGGGGGUGCACAGGGGGAAAUGGGAGGCUAGGCAGGUGGAUGCAUCCAGCCCCUGCCCCUUCUGCCUCCCCCUUGUCCCCAUGUCAUGGGGGGCACCUGUAGAGGGGGUCCCCCUCGCCGGCUCUCGCCCCUCCCAGCACAGUGCUCUCUGUGCCUAGACCCCCGCAGGACCCCCUUCCCCAGCCGGGCUCUGCUAGGCUGCCCUGGGCUCACACAGCAGCCACGUGAACACAGAGCGGGGAUACCUGCGACCCUGGGGUACAGCCAAGGGGGCCCUGGCAUGUGCCCUGGGCCGUGCCCUCUGGGUCCGUCCUCUGCCUGCCUGCUUGCCUUCUUCCUCCUCUUGAUGCCCCACUUCUCCCUCCCUGAGCUGGUGCCUCUGCUCCCCCCCGCGCUUGCCCUCCUGGUGGGCUCCCGUCCCGUGGUUUAAGUACCAUGUGUGGGCCAGGGCCCCCAUCCCACCUCUCUCCUGUGCUCCCGACUCCUGUGCCUGUCUGGGCUUCCUGACACCCCGUUUCAUGUGAAAAAGCAUCUCAAACUUAGAGCGCGAGGCUGAGCUCCGAUUCUCCCUCCGUGAAGUCCGGCCACCCGCCCCUUCCUAUCUGUUAGUGCCGCGUCACUCCUGGGGCUGAUCUGGCUGGGAGCCUUGCGGACACAUGCACUCUUGGCCGCACUCCCCCUCCAUCCUGGGGACUGGUCCCGGGCAGAGCCCUGGGCUCCCUUCAGAGCCCCCCAUGUCCACAAGUGGGGGGCGAGUGUCACUCGUGGUGGGAGUGGGUUUCCUCUUCCAGCUGCUCCGGGGGACUCUAUAGCCUCUAGGAAAGAGGGGCCAAGGGGGCUGGACCACACAGAAGUGAAGGCGCUGCCCCUCACGAGCACCCUCGCGGGGCCAUGGCAGGAGUGAGGCCCAUCUCACAUAUCACCCUCCCCUCCUCUCCUCGCCCGCCUUUGUGGGAAUCUCAGUGGCCCUGCCCUCAGAAAUCACCCAGGGCCCCCCUCCCUGCCACCAUCCUGGCCACCACCCCCUCUUGCCUGGGUGACCACCAUAGCUCCUGGAUUGGCCUCCCGGCCUCUACCCUCUGACAGUUGGUUCUCAACACAGCAGUGGAGAGGUCCUUUAAAAAUAGAAGUCAGGGGCGCCUGGGUGGCUCAGUCGUUAAGCGUCUGCCUUCGGCUCAGGUCAUGAUCCCAGAGUCCCGGGAUCGAGUCCCACAUCGGGCUCCCUGCUCCACGGGAAGCCUGCUUCUCUCUCUCCCACUCCCCCUGCUUGUGUUCCUGCUCUCGCUAUCUCUCUCUCUGUCAAAUAAAUAAAAAAAAAAUUAAAAAAAAAUACUCUAUGAUCUGGCUUUAAAAAAAAAAAAAAUAGAAGUCAGAUCUGGGCGCCCCGAUGGCUCAGUCAGUGGAGCAUGUGACUCUAGAUCUCGAGGUUGUGAGUUCGAGCCCCAUGGUGGGCAUAGAGCUUACUAAAAAAAAAAAAAAAAAAAAAAAGUCCAAUCCGUCACUCCACUCAGAACCCUCUAGAGGCUCCCCUGUCAAGCCAAGUCCUUGGAGCACCCACAUGUCUUGUUCCCCACCAGGCCCCGACUUCAGCCACAUUGCUCCCUCUCUGCUCCUUUUGCACGGCCGUUCCUGCCUGGCAUGCUCUUCCUUAGAUUUAUAUCUGCGUGACUAACUCCCUUGUCUCCCUCAAAUUUCCUCAAAUGCCACAUCCCAAAGAAAUCAAUCCUAACCCACCGUAUUGCAUAUCACACUUGCCCUGGCCACGCAUUUUGCAUCUCCUUGCCCUGGUAUCUUUCCUCAUGGUACUCACCGUCCCCUAAUAUACUAUAAUAUUCAUUUAUUUAUAAUGUUUAUUAUGAGCUAAAAGAGCGUCAAGGACAUGGGGUCUGAGAUCCCAGGGAAGAAAGGCUUUGAGAGAUGAGCCUGAGGUUGUCACAGGUUUCCCAUCAGGUGUUGGUAACUGUGGCCAAGAGGCUGAGAGCUGAGGAGGGCACCCAGCGGCCUCCUGGGUGUUUGGCAUCUGCCAGGGAGGAGGAGGAGGGGCUUGGCUUGGGGCUCUAAGGGGUUAGAAGUGAGGAGUGAGGACAGGAGAACCAAGCCAGUCCUCACAGAGACUGGAGUCUGGCCUCAGCUAGCCCAAUUCCUCCCCUCACUGCCCCUCAGAGCAGAAGAAAUCCCUCUGGACCAGGGGCCAAAUAUAGCUCAGUGCAGGCCAGAUUCGGCCAUGCCCAUUUAUUUGCGUUUUAUCUGUGGCUGUUUUCAAGUUAUGCUUAACUGGAAUGCCACGGAAAGCCUGAAAGUAAAAAUAAUUGCAGAGAUAUACCACACAAACACUAUGGUGAGAAAGCUGGUACAGCUACUACUAUCCGAUGAAAGAGACCAUAAGGCAAGAGGUCCUGCUAGACAAAGAAGGCCAUUUCAUAAAGACGAAGGGUCAGUUCACUAGGAAAACACACAGUUCCAAAU